AUGGCCGAUGAUUACCAGCUGCAGUCGAAUGGACAUGGAGGAGAGUUGGUGAAGAAGCCUCUCGUCCAGCUGUACGUCAAGGCCAGUGGCAUCGACAGCAGACGGAUCGGCGCUUGCCUUUUCUGCCAGGAAUUUUGGAUGGAACUUUUUGCUCUCUACGAGUUGGGAGUGGUGCGCGUUGAGGUGAAAACGGUGAAUGUGAACUCCGAGCCGUUCAAAAAGAGCUUCUUGGGAGCCCAGCCUCCGAUCAUGCUCGAGGAGGAGAAGCAAGCUCAAUACACUGACAAUCGCGAGAUCGAGGGCCGCAUUUUUCACAUUGCCAAGGAGUUCAACGUGCCAUUGUUUGAGAAGGAUCCGGUUGUCGAGAAACGGAUUGAAAGCUUCUACAGGAACUUCAAACUUUUCCUGCGCGCUAAAACCGAGCACGACAAGGGUAAGCGGGAGCCCAGCCCGAUCGAGUCGAUCCCUCCGCAGAUCAAGACUCACUACAAUCGUGUUGUUGAGCAGCUCGCUGGAAUUGACGAGCUCUUGCAAGACCGCGGCUCUCGCUACCUGCUCGGUGAUAGCAUGACGGAAUACGACUGCGAGCUGAUGCCUCGUCUGCACCACAUGCGUAUCGUCGGCCAUAGGUUGCUCGGCUUCGACAUUCCGCACAAUCUGACCUAUCUAUGGAAUUAUGUGCUCACCGGAUACCGUACGGCCGCUUUUAUCGAAAGUUGCCCCGCCGACCAGGAUAUCUUGCAUCACUACAAGGAACAACUGAACCUGUUCACGAAUCAGCGUGAGACCCUCCAGGAGCCGACGAAGACGCACACGCUGCCCGAAGACGUUCUCGAUUCGAUUCGUCGUCUCGGCCUCGACACAAAA